AUGCCCACCCUCUCCAGGGCGAGGGACAAUGUCUUGUCACGCCGCGAGAUCGAAGGAAUGAUUGCGGAGGACAAGAUUAUCAUUAUCGUCGACAACAAAGUACUCAAACUGGAUGCCUGGAUCAAAUACCACCCUGGCGGUGAUCUGGCCAUCAGACACAUGGUUGGCAAAGAUGCUACAGACGAAGUGAAUGCCUUGCAUUCACAGGAAGCACGUCAACGAAUGAGCAACUUCCAAAUCGGCCGUAUCGAAGGACGAUGGAUCAACUUUCUGCCUCCCAUUCAAGGUGGCAUUUUCCGCCCAUACUGUGAGGAAGCUCAGCGUCCAUCAACCCCCGUAUCAAGCGAUGAAUCAGCUCCCCCUUCCCCCAUCUUCGAAGCCAGACUAGACACAUUCGGCAUGAAGCGCAGACUAUCAACAUCGACUGUAUCAUCUGCUGUCAGCUCCAUUCCACCGGAGACACAAAGCCGAACAUACGUGAUCGACGCCCGCACCCAGGAGGAGAUUCUCUUGGAUACCUCCAAGUAUCCUCCUCUUGAUGCGGAAGAGCAAGCGAAUAUCGUUCAAAAAUAUCGGCAGCUGAAUGACCGUAUUCGUGCCGCCGGGCUUUACAAGUGCAACUAUUACGCAUACGGCAUUGAGAUUCUCCGGUACUCUCUCUUCUUUGGUCUCUUCCUUUUCUUCUUGAACAAAUCUUGGUUUUGUCUUUCUGGUCUCUUUUUGGGAUGCUUUUGGCACCAAUUGGUCUUCUCUGCCCACGAUGCCGCGCACAUGGGCAUUACUCACGACUUUCAGACUGAUACUGUUAUUGGCAUGAUCAUCGCUGAUUAUCUGGGCGGACUGAGUCUUGGGUGGUGGAAGCGAAGCCACAACGUUCACCACAUCGUCACAAAUGCCCCGGAGCACGACCCUGAUAUUGAAUUGAUGCCUUUCUUCGCCUUAUCCCACCGCUUCUUCGACAGUCUACGCAGUACAUACUAUGAUCGAAUUAUGGAAUUCGACGCUGUGGCGAGAUUCACUGUUCAAUACCAACACUACCUCUAUUACCCGAUCCUUCUCUUCGGUCGUUUCAACCUCUACUUCUUGAGCUGGGAGCACAUUAUUGUUGGACGAGGCCCGCGACACGGCGCUGGCUGGUGGCACCGCUGGUUUGAGCUUGCUGGUCACAUAUUCUUCUGGGCCUGGUUCGGCUACGGCGUUGUCUGGCAUAGUAUUCCAGACUGGUGGAGCCGGAUCGCUUUCGUCCUGAUUUCUCACAUGGUUACUGCACCACUCCAUGUGCAGAUCACAAUGUCGCACUACGCUAUGUCUACUGCUGAUCUUGGCCCCCAUGAAUCUUUCCCGCAGAAGAUGCUACGGACAACCAUGGAUGUGGAAUGCCCACCUUGGUUGGACUUUUUCCAUGGCGGGCUUCAAUUCCAGGCGAUUCACCACUUGUACCCUCGCAUUCCUCGCCACAAUCUACGUAAAACACAGCAGUUUGUUAGGGAGUUUUGCAAGGAUGUGCAGAUCCCGUAUGCUGUUUUUACUUUCUACGACGGCAACAAAGAGGUUAUCAGUCGAUUGAGUGAUAUUGCCAAGCAGGCCAGGCUCCUCCAGGAAUGUCAGAAGGCGUGCGCAGAGCAAGGUGUCUUUUCGGAUCAUCACCAUUCGCUGUGA